UAUACCUUAUAUGACGCAGAGCGCUUUCCUUUGGAUAAUUAUGGGUAAAGAGACUAAAGUAAAAAGUUUCAAAAGGUUGCAAUAUUUCAGUAAUUAAUUUGUUUCAUCAUUUCUCUUUUUUUUUGUCAUUGCUGAAUACUAAAUGAUUGUAUUAAUUUAAUGCAGAGUUCGAAUUUGUUUUAAGAUAUUUUGUCAACAGUGCGGUGGUCGAGUGUCGAGUACAUAGCUUGCCAAAGUAAAUACGUAGAAGUACUUACUUUCGCGAUAGUCAUUGUUCGAAUCAAACUUACACGGGUAGCGUAGCACACGGUCGUUAUGAAAGUGGCAUGUGGAGCAGUUGAUGAAUCUCGUAUCUGCGACUAAGUAGCGAAUACCGAAUAGCGAUUCCAGCUGAGCGGCGGUAAUAUCCUCGUGACUGUGGUGCCAUUACUAUGCGGUGUCUGUGAAAAUGUUGUAACAUCAUCUUCGAUUUCAUCAAGUUUCUCACUGUUGAAAACACUCGAGAUAAAUUGUCCGUUGUAUUUCUCAUCAUGAAUGGGGUGGAAACGUCGAAUGAUUACGGCGAGAAAUCAAUGGAAAGUACCGUGUCAGAGGCAGUUCCAACGAGCUGCUCGAUGAAUCAAGCUCCAUUAUUAACAAACGGUGUACAAGAAAACGAUCGCGAGCGUUCUAAAGAUGAUGGCAACGAAAAUGGCUCGACGUUUCUUUCAGCUCCCAUCAAUAACUUUAUACAAACCGGAAAUUUAAUCACUGGUCCAGGAGCGCGAUAUGGUAUUUUAGGUGCUUUGGGAGCGCCGCUACCUAAAUUAACCAGCGAACAACAAGAUGCUGUGAAUCAUGCCAAGAAAUACGCGAUGGAGCAAAGUAUCAAGAUGGUAUUGAUGAAGCAAACGUUGGCUCAUCAGCAGCAAUUGAUGGCUACGCAACGAAAUCAGGUGCAAAGACAGCAAGCGCUCGCUUUGAUGUGUAGAGUAUACGUAGGUAGUAUAAGUUUUGAAUUGAAGGAAGAUACCAUAAGACAGGCGUUUUCGCCUUUUGGUCCGAUCAAAUCGAUCAACAUGUCUUGGGAUCCGAUUACUCAAAAACAUAAAGGAUUCGCAUUUGUAGAGUACGAUAUUCCAGAAGCGGCGCAGUUGUCGUUAGAACAAAUGAACGGCGUCAUGUUGGGCGGCAGGAAUAUCAAAGUGGUUGGCCGGCCGAGUAAUAUGCCUCAAGCGCAAUCGGUCAUCGACGAAAUCACCGAAGAAGCGAAGCAGUACAAUCGUAUUUACGUGGCGUCUAUUCAUCCUGACCUCACUGAGGACGAUAUCAAAAGCGUAUUCGAAGCAUUUGGUCCGAUCAAGUCGUGCAGAUUGCAACCGAGUAGUUCGCCGCAUCGGCACAAAGGAUACGGCUUUAUCGAGUACGAAACGAAACAAGCCGCCCAAGAGGCGAUCGCGUCCAUGAAUUUAUUCGACUUGGGAGGUCAGUAUUUACGCGUCGGCCGAGCCAUUACGCCUCCGAAUGCGUUGCAUUCGUCUUCUACGUCGGCUAGUCACAUGCCAACGGCGGCGGCCGUAGCGGCGGCUGCCGCUACCGCCAAAAUUCAAGCGAUGGACGCGGUCGCGACCACCGCCGUCCUCGGCAUCACCAAAUUGAGUUCUCAGUUGGGAGCGCAGACCGUAAUACCGGCGGCGUUGCCGGCCUUGCAGUCGAUCGCGCCCGGCGUAGCUCCGGCUCUGGCGGCGGCCUCCGCUGCUUCGGUCACGUCUUCCGCUGUCGGACUGCCUGCCGCCAUUCCGCCACCCGGUAUCGCUAUUCCGCAACAGAUUCGAGCUCCCGUUCCCAUAAUAGCGAGCACGCCGGUCAUCGGAUCGCCCGUUAUGACGGCCGUUGCCGUCGCUGCGGCGGCAGCAGCCGCCGCCACCAAUUCUACCACCGGUGCCGGCCCCGCCGCCGCCGCUGUUUCCGCCAUUUCCAUGGCUUCUCAACACGGUAGCGGCAGCAACGCUGGCGCCACCAUCGGCAGCUCAACUGGCGGCGGAAUCGCUGCCGCCACCGCUGCAGCUUCCGGACUCAGUUUGCAGGUCGACGCUAUGAAACGCGCUCAAGAACAAGCUAACCAAAAAAAACAAGAAGAAUUGCAAAAAAAAUUACUAGAAGACGUGGAACCUCAGACUUUGCAGCAACAAGAGAAUAUGUCCAUCAAGGGACAAAGUGCUAGACAUUUGGUUAUGCAGAAAUUAAUGCGUAAAGUAGAGAGCAAAGUGGUCAUUCUCCGUAAUAUGGUCGGACCGGAAGACGUGGACGAGUCUCUUCAAGAAGAAAUUCAAGACGAAUGUUCCAAGUACGGUAAUGUGGAACGAGUUAUAAUAUAUAACGAAAAACAAUCCGAAGAAGAUGACGACGAUGUGAUUGUCAAGAUUUUUGUCGAAUUCAGCGCCAUGUCGGAAGCGGAAAAAGCGAAAGAUGCUUUGGGUGGACGAUUCUUUGCCGGACGUGUUGUUAAAGCCGAACUUUACGAACAACAGCUGUUCGAUCAUAAUGAUUUUUCUGGAUAAAGCGUAAAGCGUAAAGCGCGUCGCUGUCGUGUAUCAUUGUACAAUGUACAUUCUCUCGUAUCAAUAACUCGAAUUUGCGCGGUUACCCGCCGAAAUCCAUCGCAAUCGGUCCAGUCGCGCCGAUCUAUCGAGUUCGAGACGCGUUACUCGCCAAGUCUCCAUUCCGUUUAAAGUAAUUCGUCUCAUUUGUAAAUAACAAAAUAAAAGUGUUGGACGACGA